AUGCGUAAAGCAUGGAAAUUAUUGAAAAUAAUUCAUAUGUUUUGUAUUGGACAUGGAAUCCACAAUUUAUUAAUGGUUGAUUGUUUUCCUCGUUUAACUGGUGUUCCAGAUUUAUUAGAUAAAGUACAGAAGAUAAUCAAUAAACUUCGUUAUCGUCAACAUGAACUUGAACAAGAAUUUAUUCGAAUACAUGAUCAAAUAAAAAAUGAUUUAUUUGAAGUAAUAAAUAAGGCUGGUGAAGUAUUAGAUGCUGAUUUAGCAUUAUCAUAUGAUGAUAUAGAAGAUGUUGAUCAAUUGGACAACGAAAAAGAGAAUUAUGAAUUAGAAUUAUAUUCAAUCAAUGAUCAACGUUCAUCAAAAUUUGAUUAUUUAAAAAAAACAAAUACAACUACUAAUAAUUCUUAUGAGUUUCAUACUUUGAAAAAACGUGUUGUAACUCGCUGGAAUACAAUUUUGAUCAUGCUUCGUUCAUAUGAAUCCAAUAUACCUGGUAUUGAAAUUAUAUUACGUCGUUUAAAAUUAUUUCAUUUGAUUUUAACUCCCACUGAAAAUGAAGUUGUUCGUGAUUUAGUUGAUUUUCUUAGUUCAUUUGAAACAACCACAACUAUUCUUUCAGCAUCCAAAUCUUAUCCAACAAUGAGCUUAUGUUUAUUACUACGUAUUGAAAUUGAAUCAAUGUUGCAUUCAACAGGAACAGAAUCAUCAGUAAUUGAAGAAUUGAAACAUUUAUUUUCCGAAUAUUUAGAUACAAGAUUUCCAAUAACACCAUUAAAUAUAUGUGGUUUUUUACUUGAUCCAUCACAAUUAAAAUUUGAUAUUAAUCGUUAUUUAACUCAAAAUAAAACAACAAAAGAAAAACUUUUGUUGGAUAUGAUUAAAAAAUUUAAAAUUGAUCAUGCUUCACAUGCAAAUACAAUACAAAAUAUUCAUAAAUCAUCAAUGUCUUCAUCUGCAACUACAUCAGAAACAUCAUCUCAUAUGAAACGUAACUUAUCGGUGGAAUAUAUGUGUGAAUCUGCACAUAAUAUGAAGAAACUUAGGGAUAAUUUAAUCCAAAAACAUACACCAUUGCUUAUAAUCAGUCUUGAUCCUAUUGUUGCUGAAAUUGAUAGUUAUAUAAAACUUGCUCAAAUUAUUUUAGGAAUACCAGUAACAUCUACACCUAGUGAAGAAGUCUUUUCUACCACGGGAUUAAUUUUAAAUGCGAAACGAACAGCAUUAGCACCGGAAAAUGUUGGUAAAAUACAAAUGAUUCACGACAACUAUGAAUUACUUAAAAAAAUUAAUAUAUUUUUUUUGUUUUUUUUAUCAUUAUUACGUUUUUUGUGA